AUGCAUGUGAGCACAGGAAUCGCAUGGGACCCUCACGAAGAUAACAAAUUAUAUUACAUCGAUGCUAGAGCUCAGAAAAUCCUAUUGUUCGCUUACGAUGAGAGUACCAGAAAGGUUACUGGAUCCGCUAAUGUCGUCUUUGACUUAAAUGUGUGGCAUCAAAGCCUGCCACAACCUCUGUACAGUGGUCAUGCCACCUUGGGUCGUAUGACAAUUGAUAGGAGAGCCCGGCUGUGGGUGCCCCUUAAUGGAGGUUCACAUGUCCUUGAAAUUGAUCCUCGUGGUAUUAAUAAAGUGCUUGGAUUCAUUCAACUGAAAGCAGCUAAGCUCAACGCAUGCGUUUUCGGAGGUGUUCCAGAGAAUAUUUUAUAUGUAUCUUCAAUGCCAUAUGCUCCAAAUGAAGCAAGUCCAGCUAACGACGAGGGGGGUAAGAUUUUCGCCGUCUCUAACCUUGGCGUUGACGUGAUAGGAUAUAGGUCAUGCAACUUCGAUUGGCCCAAUCCACCUCCGAAAGAACCAACACCCAGAAGCAGAUAUAGGUGGUAA